UUAACCAAUCUUACUCAUCUGGAUCUGUCUUAUAACUACUUCAAUGGUUCCAUCCCCAAAAAUUUAGGGAAUUUGAGGAAUCUCCAUGAAUUAAGCCUACGUAGAAACUACUUCAAUGGACCAAUCCCUUCAUCUCUUUGGCUCUUAACCAAUCUCACCCAUCUGGAUAUGAGUUUUAAUCAAAUCAACGGUUUUAUAGCAUCUGAAAUAGGGAUGCUAAAGAAUCUUGUCUCUUUGGACCUAGAGGGUAACAUGCUCGUUGGUCAAAUUCCUUCUACUCUGGGCCAUUUAAGUAGUUUGAAUUCUUUGGACCUAAGCAAUAACAAGCUCAUUGGUCCAAUCCCUUCGACUCUGAGCCAUUUAAGUAUUUUGAAUUCUUUGAACCUUUCAAGCAAUCAAAUCAAUGGUUCCAUACCAUCAGAAAUGGGGAUGUUGAAGAGCUUGUUCAAAAUGGACCUUUCCAGGAAUCAAAUCAGUGGUCCAAUCCCUUCAACUAUAGGCAAUUUAACUGGUUUGCAAGCUUUGAUGCUUAGUGCAAAUCAAAUCAAUUGUUCCAUCCCGGUUGAAAUGGAGAAUUUGAAGAAUUUGGAUUUUUUGUUUCUCGAUCAAAAUAAUCUCACCGGCAAUCUUCCCUUUUUUUCGCCUUAUAGUAUGGGUCUCAAUUUGUCAUAUAAUUCGUUCAAUUGUGCAAUUCCAUGUCAAUAUUAUUAUUAUUAUUCACAUUAUGCAUACGACAUGUUAUUUGGCAACAAGGAUUCAUGCAAUGGUAGCUUCAAGGUUUUCGCUCCUUGCCCUGAGUUUUCCCCGACUACUAACAAAUCAAGAAUAACCAAACUAGAAAUUUUGGUUCCAAUCGCCAUUUUUCUUGGAUUCAUAGUUCUUGGCGGCUUUCUUCACUCGAGAUGCAAGGUUAAGAAGACCCAGUCUAACUCAAAAGAAACAAAGAAUGGGAACUUGUUCUCGAUAUGGAAUUACGAUGGACAUAUUGCAUAUGAAGAUAUCAUUGAAGCAACCGAGGACUUUGACAUAAAAUAUUGUAUUGGAACAGGUGGUUAUGGCAGCGUUUACAAAGCAAAAUUACCUGGUGGCAAAGUGAUUGCCUUGAAGAAACUUCAUCGAUUGGAGGCUGAGAAUCCAACUUUUGAUAUGAGUUUCAAGAACGAGGUAAAAGUGUUAACAGAAAUUCGGCAUCGAAAUAUUAUAAAACUUCAUGGGUUCUGUUUACAUAGACGAUGCAUGUUUUUGGUUUAUGAGUAUAUGGAAAGGGGAAGCCUAUUUUGUGUCCUGAGCAAUGAUGUUGAAGCUAUAGAAUUGGAUUGGAGCAAGAGGGUGAACGUCAUCAAAGGCACCGCCCAUGCCUUAUCCUACAUGCAUCAUGAAUGCAUUCCAACAAUUGUUCAUCGAGAUAUAACAAGCAACAAUAUUUUAUUAAACUCGAAACUAGAGGCUUUUGUCUCUGACUUUGGCACUGCUAAACUCCUUGAUCCUGAUUCCUCCAAUCAAACAUUAAUUGCGGGCACUUACGGUUAUAUUGCUCCAGAGUUGGCCUAUACAAUGAAAGUUACUGAAAAAUGCGACGUUUAUAGCUUUGGAGUGGUGGCAUUGGAAAUAUUAAUGGGAAGACAUCCAACGGAACUCUUAACUUCAUUAGCAUCACCGUCUUCUCAAAACGUGAUGUUACAUGAAAUAUUAGACCAACGUUUGCCACCUCCAACUUAUCUGGUUGCACAGGAUAUUUUUCUUGUCGCUGCAAUAGCAUUUGCAUGCCUCCAAAUCAAACCAAAGUCUCGGCCUACAAUGAAAUACGUGUCUCAAGAAUUUCUUUCUCGAAAGAAGCCAAUAGCCAAGCCUUUACAUGCAUUUUCACUAUGGCAGCUAAGGAACCAAGAAAUAUAUAUGGCUGGAUCAGGGGAUGAAACUCAAUUAUGAAGUGCUUGUUAUUAGGUUGAGUAUCAUAUUGUUUGAUGAACUUGUACGAAUAAAAAAUGUUGUGUAAUCUUUUCAUUUCUUC